CUGCCCUCUCUGGCCGGGCGGGCGGGCUGUGGUGCCGUGUCCUGCUUUGAUGGGGGCGGUUCAAUUUGAAAUCACGGGUGUUUCAAACGUUGUUUUGUAUUUUACAGGGUGUUUUUCUCUAUCGGGGUAUCGAGUGAGCAGCGAUGGAAAGCCACCGAAAUUCCAGCCGCCUCCGAAGCCCGUCAUUAUUGACAGGAAGACGCAGAAGGAGGAGAGGAGGUUCCUGAGCCCUGAAUUUAUUCCUCCCAGAGGGAGAACAGAUCCUCUUAAAUAUUACAUGGAAAGAAAGGAUAUGAUACAGAGAAGAAAAGUGUUCAACAUCCCAGAAUUCUAUGUUGGCAGUGUACUUGCUGUGACGACUGCGAAUCCCUAUGCCAGUGACAAAUCCAACCGGUUUGUUGGGAUCUGCAUUCAGAGGGGUGGGAAAGGACUCGGCGCUACCUUUGUCCUUCGGAAUGUCAUAGAAGACCAAGGGGUUGAAAUCUGUUAUGAACUGUACAGUCCUCGAAUCCAGGCGAUCGAGGUGCUGAAGCUGGAGAAGAGGCUGGAUGAGAACCUGAUGUACCUGCGAGAUGCCCUCCCCGAGUACAGCACUUUCGAUGUCAAUAUGAAACCUGUGUCUCGUAUGGCCCACGAGGAAAUUCCUGUGAACAAGCUGCAGGUACGAAUGAAGCCUAAACCGUGGUCAAAACGGUGGGAAAGACCCAAAUACAAUAUAAAAGGAAUCAAGUUUGAGCUACCAGAACAUAAAAUGAAAGCAGCACAGAAGUGGAGCCAGCCAUGGCUGGAGUUUGACAUGCUGAGAGAAUAUGAUACUUCAAAAAUAGAGGAAAAGAUUCGAAAGGAACUGAGUGAAGAACUUGAAAAAUAAUAAUGUUUUCUGCAGUCUAGAAUUCCUGAGAAAAUUAGUAUUUUUAGUUUACAACAGUAUGGAUGAUCAAUUGUCAAGUUUUGUAUAUACAUGGACAAAGCAAAAAUAAAGUUAACCUUUCCAGAUUUUGGCAUGAACAGA